CACCCUCCCUCUCCCAGCUGGAGGAAGGGGAGAAGGGCCAGACAUGGAGGCCGUUCCUCCAGGCAGAUCCAGCCUCUUGGGGAUUCUGCUGGUGAUGGUGAAGGUUUUGGUGCUGCUGGUCCAGAACCGGGCCCACCUCUACAAUUUCCUGCUCCUCAAGAUGGUCCUCUUCAACCACUGGCUGGCGGAACUGGCCCAGGAGGCUUGGGGGUCCCACGGCCCCCAGGCCCCCCCAGCCCCUGGGCUUGCAGCCCGCUCCGCAGGCCAGGUGCUACAGGCCGGGCUGGCACUGGUAGAGGUCCUCCUGUGGCUGGCACUGCGGACGCCCCGGCUGGUGUGCGCUGGCGUGCUGGGCUGUGCCCGGGCUGUGGGCCUGGCCUGGCAGCGGCUAAUCGUGUCUGCGGCCACCUGCAUGGAGCUGCUGCUGUCGGGUCUGCGCAGGCUGAUGCUGGUAGUCUUGCUGCUGUUGCUGGUGACCAGGAGGCUGUGCUGGGGGGCCCGGCACUGCAGCCUCGGCUCGCUGCUCUGCAAGGCUCUGCUGGACAACUGUGUGGUGCCUGAGCUCCUGGCUCCGCUGAAGGGUCUAUACCGGUGGGUGGAGAACGCAGCCAUGCUCACCUCCUGGCACCUGGCCUAUGUCAUCACCUGGACCACUUGCCUCGCCUCCCACCUGCUGCAGGCCGCCUUUGAGCACACGGCCCAGCUGGCCCAGGCCCAGGAAACUGAGCCCCAGGAGGGCUCGGGGGCCGUGUCCGAGUCCCCACUCCCUAAGCACCCCGGCCCCGAGGCUGGGUCAGCCCUGUCAGAGCACGGAACCCCUGGAGAAUAAGUGUGUCCCCCUCUGCCUUUCUGGA